GCAGCUGCUCUCCAUUCACUGGUGCGGUCUGGGCCGUGAUAUGCAGGAGAGUCACCUGCUCCGCUGUUACCAAGAGAAGAAGUGUGACUGACCAGCUUCACCUAAGAGAAAUAGCUACAAUGGCCUCCUCAGGUAACAUGUUGCCAGAAAAACAGUUCCAGUGCAACAUCUGCCAGCAAAUGUUCACUGACCCCGUCACCACUCCCUGCGGACACAACUUCUGCCAGACCUGCAUCCAGAGUGUGUGGGACAGUAGCGAGGUGUGCCAGUGUCCCACCUGUAACAAAUCAUUCACCCCUCGGCCUGAAUUAAGCAUCAACACAGCCUUCAAAGAGCUGGUGGACACAUUUAGAAACAUUGUUAUCUGUUCAUCAGCUUCACCACUGUGCUCAGCCAAACCAGGUGAGGUGGGGUGUGAUGUCUGCGCCACGACUUCCCUGCAGGUGAAGGCCCUAAAAUCCUGCCUGGUGUGCCUGACAUCAUACUGCGAAGCCCACUUAGAGCCUCAUCAGAGAGUCGCCAGCUUGAAGAUCCACAAGCUGAUCGAGCCGGUGAAGAACCUGCAGGAGAGGAUGUGCAAGAAGCACGAGAGGCUGCUAGAGAUGUUUUGCAGGGACGAGCAGAAGUGUGUGUGCCAGUUCUGCACUGAGACCGUGCACAAAGACCACCAGGCUGUUACAAUAAAGGACGAGAGUGUGGAGAGGAAGGUCCAAAUAAAGAAGACCGAGGCAGAUUUUCAGCAGAUGAUCCAGGACCGACUGAAGAAAGUAGAGGAGAUCAAAAGCUGUCUGAAGCUCAGUAACGCCAGUGCGGAGAAGGAGAUGAAGGAGAGUGACCGUCUCUUUACUUCUCUGAUUCGCUCCAUCGAGGAGCGACAAACUGAAGUCAACAUGGAGAUAAAGGAGAAGCAAAAAGCAGCAGAGAAGAGGGCAGAGGAGCUCAUUGAGGAGCUGCAGCAGGAAAUCACUGAAUUGCAGAGGAGAAAUGCUGAACUGGAGGAGCUGCAGGACACGGAGGACCAUUUGCACGUCUUACAGAGGUCGCCUUCUCUUAUGUCACCUCCACCCACCAGAGAGUGGACGGAGAUCGGCAUCCACCCUGAGCUCUGUGUUGGGACAGUGAGGAGAGCACUUUCUAAACUGGACAACACGCUGAUGAAUGAACUGGACAGUCUGAAGAAAGGAGAGAUGAAGAGGAUGCAGAAAUAUGCAGUCGAUGUGGUUCUAGACCCAGACACCGCACAUCCAAACAUCGUCCUGUCAGCUGAUGGAAAGCAGGCAGGCCGCGCCGAGCUGCUGCACAUUGUGCCUGAUAACCCCCAACGCUUUGACCCUGUCAUCUGCGUUCUGGGCAAGAAAGGCUUCAUGUCCGGGAGGUUCUACUUCCAGGUUGCAGUGGGGACAAAGACCUUCUGGGACCUCGGCGUGGUCAAAGAGUCCGUCAACAGGAAGGGGAUGAUCACCUCAAAGCCAGAAAACGGCUUCUGGACGGUGCGACUGAGGAAUGGGAAGGAGUAUCGCGCUCUGGACUCCCCUUCAGUUCAUCUUUCCCUUAAGGAGAAGCCACAGAUUGUCGGAGUGUUUACGGAUUAUGAGGCGGGGAUCGUGUCGUUUUUUGACGUGGAGGCCCGGUCUCACAUCUACACCUUCACUGGGUGCUUGUUCUCGGAGAGGAUCUUCCCCUUCUUCAGCCCAGGUGUUUUUGAUGAAGGGAAGAAUGUAGCGGGGUUGGUUAUCACAGCUGUUAAUCAUGAAACGUAGACUUGAGGAUGCAAAAAUGAUUUCAACGCACAGAACUGAAGAUCAAGAUACAACACAUAAGGCUUGGCUUCUUUCUAAGCAUCACACUCAUAAACAAAACCUUAAAAAACUUCAGCCAACCACAACCAGUACACUGAAACCAUGGCAACUGCUUAAAUAAUCAAGUAUUUCACAAUUGUAAAUAGGUCUAUAGUCCUAAAAGAAAUAUGUUUGACUUAAAUGUUAGACAGGGUUAUUUUUGUUAUCAUGCAGUGUUCAGAGGCCUCAAAGUAGCUAAGGCAUUACGUCAUUAUAAUUUAAUUUUUUUAGGGGGAAGGACUGAUCUGAAAUUAAACCAAAACAAUGGCAAUUACAAAUCAAAUCAAAACUGUUUGCAUAGCUUCAAGUCAUUUUAGUGCACCUUUUGGGCCUCAACCCCACCUCAUGUACACCAGUGCCAAACUUAAAUGAAACAUCAAUCCCGUGCAAAACUUACGUCUGACAUUUUUCCGGUUGUGUUUUGGACAACAGGCUUAGCAUGUCGUUGUAUUUGCAAUAUAGACUUGUAACCUAAAACAUUGUUUCUGCAUUCAAGAGGUGCUGAUUUACUUUAUGGAGAGCUGAAAACAAUUUUAACCUUAAUGAUCAAAAAUCUUUUCAGAAUAAAGCCUUGACAAGCAUGCUUCAGUCUGUUUGUUUUUUUUAAAUAAAGAAAGGAUACAUUAUUUUACUCUG